AUGGUUGGGGAAGAAAGAAAACCAAAGGCAGUGAUUGUGGGAGGGAGCAUAGCAGGAAUAUCAACCGCACAUGCCCUAAUCUCAGCUGGUUGGGAUGUUCUUGUCCUUGAAAAAACCACUUCACCUCCAUCUGGAAGUCCUACUGGUGCAGGUCUUGGACUCAGCCCUAUCUCUCAACAAAUCAUUCAAUCUUGGAUCUCACAACCACAACAUUUCCUACACAAUACCACUUUUCCACUAACUAUUGAUCAGAACCAAGUAACUGAUAGUGAGAAGAAGGUGAAUUGGACAUUAACAAGAGAUGAAAGUUUCAACUUUAGAGCAUCACAUUGGGCUGAUCUUCAUGGUGCUCUUUACAAUGCACUUCCACCGCAACUAUUUUUAUGGGGUCAUCUUCUUCUCUCCUUCCAUGUUGCAAAUGAAAAGGGGACUUCUGUUGUAAUAAAGGCUAAAGUUCUUCAAACUGGAGAGAUCGUUGAGAUUGUUGGAGAUUUGCUUGUUGCAGCAGAUGGUUGUCUCUCUUCAAUCCGCCAAAAAUAUCUCCCCGAUUUUAAGCUAAGAUAUUCAGGCUACUGUGCUUGGAGGGGUGUUCUUGAUUUUUCAGAAAUUGAGAAUUCAGAAACCAUCACAGGUAUCAGAAAGGCCUACCCUGAUUUAGGAAAAUGCUUGUACUUUGAUUUGGCCUCAGGUACACACAGUGUGUUGUAUGAACUUCUCAACAAAAAGCUCAAUUGGAUUUGGUAUGUGAAUCAGCCUGAGCCUGAAGUAAAGGGAACCUCGGUGACGACAAAAGUAACAAAUGACAUGAUCCAAAAGAUGCACGAAGAAGCAGAAAAAGUAUGGAUUCCUGAGUUGGCAAAGGUGAUGAAAGAAACAAAGGAGCCUUUCAUAAAUUUCAUAUAUGAUAGUGAUCCCUUAGAGAGAAUCAUUUGGGACAAUGUAGUAUUGGUAGGUGAUGCAGCUCACCCUACUACUCCUCAUUGCCUUAGAAGCACAAACAUGUCAAUAUUAGAUGCAUCGGUGUUAGGUAAAUGCAUAGAAAAAUGGGGAGCCGAAAAGCUUGAAUCGGCUUUGGAAGAGUAUCAGUUCAUUAGGCUACCAGUUACAUCAAAACAAGUUCUUCAUGCAAGGCGUCUCGGUCGCAUAAAACAAGGCCUUGUGCUCCCUGAUAGAGAUACUUUUGAUCCCAAGUUAGCAAGGCAAGAGGAUUGCCAGGAUCUCCUACAGACGAACACGCCUUCUUUCAACGAUGUUCCUUUAUCAUUUUCUUCUAUUACAUCUUCCAUUUCCAUUUGA